GAGAGAGAGAGAGAGAGACCCUCUCUUUCUUUCUGCUCCCUCCAGAAGACGAUCACCCUCUUUCUGGAUCUUUCCUCUCCGCCUGGCCCGGAGAAACUUCUGGAGGUUUGGACCGCAGCAAAAAGAGGAAACCCGGCGGGUCGGAGGAAGAGAUCAGAACAGACACGAGAAGGAGGACAUCAUCACACAAGCCAACAUGGCUCUGCUCUGCUACAACAAAGGCUGUGGACUGAAGUUUGAUGCUAAAAAGAACAAGGAGGCCUCCUGCGUCUUCCAUCCAGGUGUCCCCAUCUUCCACGAUGCCCUGAAGGGUUGGUCCUGCUGCAGGAAAAGGACGACGGACUUCUCAGAGUUUCUCUCCAUUAAGGGCUGCACCCGCGGGCGCCACAGCGACGAGAAGCCCCAGGAGCCUCUGCGUCCGGAGGUGUCCUCGGAUAAAGGCGAGAUCAAACACACCAACGGCGAAGAGAUCAUCUACCGGGGACCCAAGUCUGCUGAGAUGCUGCAGAAGGAGAGACCCAGUUCAGACGAACCCAUGACCAAGCUGCCCCACAACGUGUCUGCAUCGCUGGCUCAGGUGCUGCUGAAACUGGACAUCAGCAAUAAAGCUGAGGAGGAGAAGAAAGAGGGUGAGGCGGUCCGGGCCGGAACCCGAUGCAAGAACGCAGGAUGCAAAACGGUGUAUCAAGGCCCGGAGACGGACACGGAGGUCUGCACCAACCACCCCGGAGCUCCCGUCUUCCAUGAAGGGUAUAAGUACUGGAACUGCUGCUGCAUCAGGACAAUAGAUUUCAACGCUUUCCUGGACCAGAAAGGCUGCAGCACAGGGAAACACCGCUGGAUCCCAAAGCAGGACAAGAAGAAGGUGGCGUGUCGAUACGAUUGGCACCAGACGGGAAACAAUGUUGUCGUAACGAUUUACGCCAAGAACGCAAACCCACAACUUUCCAGCAUAGAGGCCAACCGGACAGUGCUCUCAUGUCAAAUACAGUUCGAGAACGAGAAGAUUUUCAAGAGAGACUUCCACUUCUGGGGCGUGGUCGAUGUGAAGCAGAGCUCGGUGAACAUGGUCCCAUCCAAAGUGGAGAUCACCCUCCACAAGGCCGACCAGGUGGCCUGGGGCAAACUGGAGGACCCCAACUACAAGCCCGAGCCCGAGCCCGUGGAGGACUCCUUCACCGAAACCACAGAGUCUCAAGAGACCGACUACGACAUCGACGACGACGACAUCAGCGACUCGGACGAGGAGUGGGCCUACGACACGCGGCAGAACAAACCGCAGGAGGAUAAGGAGAGGGACGAGCAGAAGAAGAAGGAGGAAGAAACGGAAAUCUUUAAGACGAAGGAGGUGGAGGAGGAGAUGAAGAAGGCGUUGGAGGAGAAGAAGAGGGCGGAGGAGGAGAAAAGCAAGCUGAAGGAGGAGGCAGGAGGAGCAUAUGAAGACAUGCCAGAGCUCGAGUAACGCCUCGAGGUGAAGAUUGAUAUAUUUUGUGUAAGCGAGGUGGAAGAAACUUCUUUUUGUAAUGAUUAUUUCUGAAAUAAUUUCUCUUUUGUAGCUACAAAUGCAAAUGAAAGGUGGCACUUUGCAGCCGCGUUCCAACUUUGAAGGGGAAAUUUAAAAAGGGUUGUUUGUCUUCUAGGAAAAAGUGACAAACGCACUCUGUAUCCUUAUGUCAUUUCAUUAGGAUAGUGGGUUCUGUCCUCUUAAAAUGUGGGUAUUCUCGACUGGAUGCAACUUCAAUACAAGAAAUAAAAACUUUGUGUACAUUUU